AAUCCGAUUGGCUUGUUGGUGUGCCCGCCCAGGGAUAUUGGCGAUGGCGAUAUGAUAAAGAUAGUGUUGUGUGAGUGAUAGAUUUGUGUGAUGUUAUGUUUUUAAACUAUUUUUUUAUUUUGUACACACUAAGAAACUUGGUCAAUUAUUUCAAGCUCAUCGAGACAAGCUCAUGAAUUAAGAUCUUUAUAGUUCCUGAUAGACCGUCCGUCACGACUAGACAAAUGAUCGGGCCGUGUUUAUGAGGUCACCGCGGCGCGAGGUUCAGUCGCGGACCAGGCGGAGAUGACGCGCGCGCGGUGCUCGGGCUGCGCCCUGUUGGCAGUCUUGCUAUUGGUGCUGUGCCCCCUAGCCAUCUCACGCAACGAUGAUGACUUCGAUUUUGAUAACAAUGAUGAGUUCCAGGUUGAACUGACAGCAAACCAUUCAGAAAUAGCAAAAAAUGGCCUAAGAAGAUUAUGGGGUGUUCCCGACACAUCGGCCUACGUGGGGCAUUUGUUCCGCAUGGAGAUACCCAAAGAAGCAUUCUCCGGUGACGUAGUAGCUUACAAGGUGUACAGCAAAUCGUCUCGUCAGACGCCCAGCUGGCUGGCCGUGGACUCGCGGCACGGCCUGCUCAGCGGGCUGCCCCAGCGCGCUCAGCUCGGGGCGCACGCGCUUGCAGUUGUCGCGCAUGGCCACACCCGCGGACUUACUGCCACUGAUUAUUUCACUAUAGAGGUGAAAGAAUCAAACGAGAAGCCGCAAUCUAAAUACGGUUGGUGCCGUCACGAUGAGAACCGGCUGGUGCUGGUCAUCCUGGUGGACGGCGCCUUCCACCGCAUCCCGCCGCGACAUCGCAUCCGUGCGCUCAUGGAUCUCGCCGCUUUCAUGGCACUUGAUGGGGACGAGUUCUCAAUGGAGCCAUACAAAGCGGAGUCGGUGCGAGGUGACGCGGUUCUGUUGAGCGGUGCGGGCACCACGCAGCGCAAGCGCAACGACGCCGCCACCGCCAUCUACCUCAAUGUGGGUUGCAGCGACAAGCUGUGGUCGCGGCACAAGGUGCUGGUGGGCGGGCUGCGGGAACAGGCGCGAGAUGGCACGCUGGCGCACCUGCUGCGUCUGCCCGUGCUGGGCUGGCGGCUGCUCGCCCGUCGCCCCAACAAGCCAGCUCUGCGACCCAAGAGACAGUCAUCUAUAGAUGGAUCAGGCGCAUACGAUACAUACGACGGCGAGGACGACGGUGCCGACUACAGCGGUGAUUACGACGACGAUGAUGAUGAAGACUUCCCCAUAGACACGCUCUCAGAACCGGUAGUGAAAAUAACACCAUACACAGAGGCUGUGUCAGAGUCGAGUGAAGUUAAUAAAGUGGAUCAAGCUUUGGAGGAAGCUCGUAAGUUCCUCCAUUCUCCUGUCAUCAUAUCACCGGAAGACGCAUCUACUACAACAGAACCCGAAAUGCAAACUGUAAUAAUACGAGCGUCCAACGAACUGCCGCCGAUCUCCUCGGAAGCGCCCACCACGCCCACCUCGCCCACUUCGGUGACGUCACCCUCGCCGUCGCCCACCGACUUCGCCCCCACCGAGACCACCACGCCGACAACCGUCUCCACCACGCCGUCCACCACGUCUACCACUACGACCACGACGACCACAACGACGCAGGCGCCGACCACGACCGUCCCGCCGACCACUACAUCGCCCACGACCACGCCCCUUAUUAUAACGACCCCGCCCACAACCACGCCCGUCCCAGAAACAACUCUACAGGAGGUUACAAAACAGGAGUUGCCGCUGUCAUCAGAGCGCAGCAGCACGAUAGUGGGGCGCACCACGGAGACCGUCACCUUCCCCAUGCCCCCCAACCAGCCCCCCACACUGCGCUACCACAUGAAGAAGCUCGCCAUCACCGCCGGCAAGGCUUUCAGAUACAUAAUCCCCGGGGACCUGUUCUCUGACCCGGAGGAGGGUAGCAACCUCACCUUCACCAUGUACGACUCUGACAACGUGCCGCUGCCGCCCACCUCCUGGAUACAGUUCAUACCUGCCAAGAGGGAGGUCUAUGGAUUGCCUUUAGAAUCCCACGUAUCCAGAUGGAACUUCAGAGUGGAGGCUCAAGACAGCGAGGGUCUAGUGGCGAGAGGUCCGCUAGACAUCACGGUGCAGCAGCACAAGGGUCAGCGCACCAUCAACCAUCAGUUCAUAAUGCAGUUCAAGCUGUUGAAGCAAUACACGAACGCCAUCGACUGGCAGAUACGAGCGCUCGAGGGUAUCGUCAACCUGUUCCGUGACACGGACAUGGAUCAUCUGACCGUCCUCAACGCGACCCUCACCGGGGACCUCUGCGAGUACGUCUGGACCAAUGACACACUGCCCAAAGACCCCUCUUGUCCCAUGGAUGAUAUCAAUAGGCUUAUGAAGAUAAUGGAAUCUGAUACGGAGCCGGGCAAGCCGUCUAGUGCGCUGUUGCGUGCGAUGUCGCCGGAGCUGGGCGCAGUACGCGUGCGCUGGGCGGGCGCGGGGCGGUGUGCGGCGCCAGCUCCGCCCCGCACGCGUCCGCACGACACCUACCCGCCCGUCACACGCAACCAGGUCGACCAUCUCACCGCCACCGUCGGACAUCUGCAAGUCUACAAAGUGCCUGAGGACACGUUCUUCGACCCGGAGGACGGCGGCACUCGCAACCUGGCGCUCUCGCUGCGGCGCGCGGACCGCUCGGAGCUGGCUGCGGAGCACUGGCUGCAGUUCGACCCUCGCAACCAGGAGUUCUACGGCCUGCCCUCCGCCGCUGACGAGGGCACCGUGCACUACCAGCUCAUCGCGGAGGACUCGAGCAAGAAGAGCGCGUACGACAGCCUGAUAGUGGAGGUGGUGAAGGCGCCCACCAUCCGGCCCACUGUGGAGUUCCACAUGACGCUGGACAACCCGUACUCCGCCCUCGCCUCCAGCGCGCGCGCCAAGCGACGUCUGCUCGAGCGACUCGCCAACCUCUUCGACCAGCACCACACCGACAACAUCCGCGUGCACGCCAUCACCGACAACCCCACCACCAUCGUAUGGUACAACACAAGUUUACCAAUGGACAGAUGUCCUAAGAAAGAAAUCGAGGAAUUAAGAAAGAUGAUAAUAGUCGACGAGAGAGGUACUAACGGCGGCAACCUGCAGGAGAGAGUUGAUACGAUAUUUGACAAAGAUUUCAACGUGAUGUCCAUCAGACUAGUAUCACAAGGCCUCUGCGCCGAACAGAAUACUAAGAUGGCGAAGGGCGGGCUGGGACCAAUUAAUGCUGGUACCAACUUACAGAACAAAGCCAGUAAUGCAGAUCCGGAGUACUCUGACUAUUUGGUGACAUUCGUGAUUCCAGCUGUAGUUAUAGUGUGCAUGAUUCUCGUGGCCGGUGUCAUCGCCUGUGUCCUCUACAAGCGAAGACGUACAGGCAAAAUGAGCGUCGGUGAUGAAGAGGAACGUCAAGCGUUCCGCUCGAAAGGCAUCCCGGUGAUAUUCCAGGACGAGCUGGAGGAGAGAGGCGACACUGAGCCCGUCCACAAGAGCCCGGUGAUCAUGCGCGAGGAGAAGCCGCCGCUGCUGCCGCCCGCGCCCGACUACCGCGCGGGAGAAGACGCGCCCUACCGCCCGCCCCCGCCCUUCGCCGCCUCGCGCACGCCCCCGCGCCCUAAAGCCACGCCCACCUACAGGAAGCCGCCGCCCUACGUCCCGCCCUAAGACUCCGCCGCCUCUACCUCCUACAUCUUUACAUCGCCUUUCUUUUUACCUUCGCUUCAUUAACUACGGAGACAGCUUCACUAGUCGAUAUUCAGCUACGAUCUUAUUUAUUCGAAAUUUUCAUCGAUUUGGUACAAACAAGCUCUGAUGUCUGACUUCUUACAUUUCUGUAAGAUUUUGAGCUUGUUUUUUUUAUAUUUAUUUGUAUACAUUUAAUCGUAUUUCGAUUUAUUCUUAUGAAAUUUAAAUGGAAAAGCUACGAAUGCAUUUAUUAUAUAAUGAAUUAAGAUAACCUCAUAUCGUGAAGGAAUUGUGCACAAUAUUGUGACUACGAAUUUCUUAUACAACGUAAGUUAUGUCGCGUACUUGUAAAAUAGUUAAAUCGAGUUGUUUAUGCAAGAACUGAAACUUCACAAUCAAAUAAAUAUUAGUUAUUGUUGAAGUAGCUAUAUAGCAAAUAGAAAUCCGUACCGUUUCAAUAUACCAAAUAUUUUAUAUAGAUAGACUCUUACAAACAGACAGAAAUAACUAGUUUUAAUCUUAAAUAGCUCUAAUAAUAGAGUUGCACAUAUAAUAGUUUUUUUUAUUCUGACAGCUUGUAAGGGUCGAUCUAUAUGAAAACAUGAAACACGUUUUUCGUGACUAAAAUAUUAACAGUAGUCAGCACGCAGACCAAGUAAUAUAUUGGCUAAUCGUGUGCCAUUGUUAUCUACUAACGUUAAAAAUUAAUACAUAUCGAAAAUUGUAACAUUUUUAGCCUUUAGCCGUAGUUCUUCCAACUGUAAUACGUAGAGCGUGUUUGUAUGUGGAUGUAUUUCACGAGGAAGUUGUAUGGCUUCACGCUGUAUACAAUGCAUGGGUUAUUUUGACGUAAUAGUGUGGAUUUAAGUAUACAAACGCAAAUAUCGACAUAAAUUAUCGAUACUUUUAUCGAUAUUAUCGAUAAAAAGCAAUAAUGAAUUUGAUAAUUUAUUAUCACAUUUCCUAAUAUUAACGUAAUUUUUAUGAAUAAAGGAAAUGAUGUAAAUGACAAUGAAUUACGUAAUUUAAUAUUAUUUAGAAACGAAUUCAUUUUAAACGAAUAUUAAUAGAUAUAUCGAUAAUGGUGUGUCGAUAUGUCCCAACACUAAUUACAAUGAACGUUGUAAUUUUUACAAGUGACUUUAGUUUUAGGCUACGAAUAGAUAUUUUUUAAGAAUGAAGUAUCAUUUUGUACUUGUCUAUUACCAUAGCUUUAAGGAUUAACAAAUUGUGUUAAAUUUAUAGGAGAACGAAAUGAACCUAUAUAAUGUAACUUUUCAUUUGGAUGUAUUUUUUUUCUUUUUUGUAUACUCAUUUAGAAUUUGCAUUUAUAGUUAUUUUAGUGUUAUACAGAUAAUUUUACUGGACAGCUAUUUUUUUUUGUUUUUGUUUGUUUGGCAAUAUUUGUACUUAAUGUCAAUUUGAACCGAACCAUUUUUUUAUUAUUUGAUACUUACAAUUGGCAGCAAUUUAUUCACUAUUCAUUGUAACGCACAUAAUUUAUGUAAUUAAUGAGUUUUCUAAUUUAAUAAAAUGAUCUAGUGA